AUGCUAGAAGUUCCCAUGGAUUGUGGGAGUAUCACACAACGUGUUUUCAACAAUCAGAAGUUCUAUGGAUCUUUGAGAAGUCCAAUUGCGUUCAUCAGAAAUGUUUAUACCGUGAGUUUAAUUUUAAUUUCCGCGUAACCUAAAUCUUUUAGACCUACGAGCUCCAGGAAAUGUUGCUCUCAUCAAUCUACCAUCCUUCAAACACAUAUUGUUAUUCUGUUGACAUCAAUUCAAAAACUGGAAUAUUUGAGAAACUUCAGAAAUUAUCUAGAUGUUUGCCGAAUGUAAUUCUGAAUCCCGUGAAAUACAAAUUCGAUUCUUGGGGGCAUUUUCAAGAUCGAGCACAUAUUAAAUGUCUGGAAUUGGUUUUGGAAAGAGAAUGGGGUCAUGCGAUUAUUUUGCAGGUUUGGAAUUUGUUUUGAAUUCCCGAAAACAAAAAUAUUUCCAUAGAACGAUGACUUGAUCUUGAAGCCUAACGAACAUUUGUCUGAAUUGAGUGAGGUUCUGAAUUCUACAAGUAUGAUUUAUAUGAUGAAACCAACAACUUCUCAAAAUUAUUUAUCUGAAGCUGACUGGACUCCAGCUGGUCUACAACUUUUCAAAGAUGGUACAUAACUCAUAUUUUCAAUGCGGAAUUUAUAACAAAAAUUUUGUAGAAUCCAAAGUUCCUGGGAAUAUUUUACAUAAGCCCAUGAAAAUUUGGAAAGGGUACAAUCAAAUGAUCCUUUCGAAGAUCUUUAUCAAAUCGAUUUUUGAACAUUUGAACUUGGAGGGGAUUAUUGAGAGAUUUGAUCGAAAGGAGGUAACAACAUUUUCUAGAAAAAAAUUCUGAAAAAAAUACCUGAAAAUAAAAUUUUGAAGUUCUAUGGAAUUGAUGAGAUGCUUUUUCAAACUUUAUAUCGGAAUAAUCUUGGAUUGGAUGGUCAAUUCAUCUCGAAUUGCGAAGAGGAUAUAUUUGACUUUGGAAGAUUGACAAAAUGGUCACAAAAUGGCACUUCUGAUUCAUACAACCUUAGCUGUAGAUCAAAAUUAGAGAGGCAUAGUAUUUGUAUAUUUGGAGUUGAAUAUUUGGCUGAUUUUCUCGAGACCGAAUUUGUGAUAGCUAAUAAAAUCCUGGAGAAUUUCGAUUUAGCUCCACUGAUUUGUAUGGAUGAGGUUUUGAGAGGGAAGAAGAAGAUCGGGAAGAAUUGGAUUUCGAAGGUGGAACUUCGGAAAUAUCCGCAAUUUCGAGAGAUGGAAAUGAAACACAGCGGGACUUAUGAUAGAGAACAUUUUCGGUGUUGA